AUGUACUCUCAGUUUUGGCCCAAGGGUGGUCUCCCGGGCCUCUUGCACCAUUAUACUGAGACCCUCACUACCUUCGAAUAUACAUCCGCCGCUGCCCGUCAACCACACAGUAUCCUCUUCGUUGGAGGUCUCGGCGAUGGCCUCGCAACCACAUCCUAUAUGGCGGAUGUUGUGCGCGCGCUACAGAAGACUGAAUGGUCAUUAUUCUCGCUGAACCUCACAUCAUCGUACCAAUCAUGGGGUCUCGGGCAUCUGGACCGCGACACGGAUGAGAUCGCCCAAUGCAUUCGUUACAUCAAGGAUUACAAGACUGAGAAGUACGGCAACGGCAAGAUCGUCCUGAUGGGCCAUUCGACCGGAAGUCAGUGCGUCAUGCAUUACCUAUACCGGCCAAACCCUCACACAAGCGUUCCGGCGUUUGACCCCUGGCUGGAGCACGUUAAACGUCUGCCGCUCGAUGGCGCGAUCAUGCAGGCGCCGGUGUCCGACCGGGAGGCGAUCCUCUGGGUCUUGAAGAUGGGUAUUGGCGGCAAGACGGGGAGUGAGUGUCGGGAGGUAUACGAAAAGGUAGAAGCAUUGGCAAAGGAAGCUAUUAAACAUGACAAGAAGUACGACACGAUCCUGCCUAUCUCAUUGACUUCGCAGAUCGGAUAUCCGGGGAAUACCCCGCUGAGCGCUCGGCGAUUCUUGAGUCUUGUCAGUCCGGAUAGUCCUCAAUCACCGGGUGAGGAUGACCUGUUCAGCUCGGAUCUGAGUGAUGAGCAGCUGGGGAAGACCUUUGGGAUGAUCAAGCAGCACGGUCUGCUAAAGCAUAAGCUGAUGGUGCUGUAUUCCGGAGCAGACCAGUCGGUUCCAGAUUGGGUGGACAAGGAGAAGCUGCUGGCAAGGUGGAAGAAUGCUGCGAACCACAACGGCGAGGACCAAGUCUGGGACCAGGAGAGCGCCAUCAUCCCGAACGCUUCCCAUGCGCUCAGUAACGAUGACCAGGCCGAGCCACGGAAGUUCCUCGUGGAGAAGGUGCUGGGAUAUUUGCAGAAAGUGUAA